AUGAAUAAAACAAAUAAUAGUAUUAAAGACCUACAACUUAGACUUCUUAUUUCUGAAUCUGAAAAAUAAGUUGCCCAAUAAAAAUUAAAUGACAUCAAGCUUAGUGAAAGAAGUAAAAUAGGAUAACCCUUUUUUUCAAUUUCUUAAGAUGAAGUUAAAAGAAAGGACAAAGUUGUUAAAUUAUUAACAGAGUUAAUGAAUUUGAUUGCAAAUAAUAAUUCUUUGUAGUGUAUGCUAGAAAUAAAUUCUUUAGAGAAUAUGAUGAAAAUUUUAGAUUAAGGGAAAUUUUACAAACUUUUGAAAAAGAUUAUAAAGCCAUUUACUUUGCUUAUUACAUAUUUAUUAAAUACAAAUAUAACAGAAUCUUUAAGUAUGAGAAGUGAAAAUUAAAUUCUUCAAAAUCUUGCUAAUUAUAAUUCAGUUCAAACUGGUAUUCAAACACCUAUUUCUUAAGUGAUAACAAUCAAUUCUAAUCAUAUGCAUAAUCAUAAAACUUCAUUUCCAAGUUCUAUAGCUUUCAAACCCUUAAGUGAAGUUACUACACCUGAAAAAAGUGUUAAGUAAGCUCCUAUCAUAUAACCAUAAUAAAAACAAACAACAUUUUUACCUAAAGGGAUAGGAAAAACUUAGAAGCCAAGUUAAAAAAGGACAGCAAUCGGUAAUUUAAAUACCUGGGGAGAUUGA